GGGGCCCAGCGGUAGGGCGAGAACGGGGUGGGGCACCCCUAACUCGGACUCCGCCUCUUACCUCAACUCCUCCUCUCCCCCACCACCACUCCUGGGGAGGGGUAGGUGGGUGGGGAUUUUGGGCCUUGGCGUAGAACACUGUCGUUACAGCAGGGCUGCAGAGCGGACAAACACGCCUGGUGCCCCGGGGAGGGGCGUCACGGGGGGGGGGAGGAGCAGUAAGAGGAGGGAGGUGGAAGGGAAGAGACUGCCUCUCUGCUUAAGACCUCUCGAGGCUCUGACCUCAGGGGCUAAGGGACAAUCUGAGAGGGAAGCCAGUUUCCUCUACCCGGGCUGCCUGAAGAGGCCACGACCCUGGAGGAUUCUAACUCAACCGAUCCAGGGGCCCCAGCACCACCCCGAGGGCCUAAAGAACAGUCUCAGGGAUCUCUUCAAGGUUUGCAGUUGCCUUGACAACGAGCCCUGUCAGAACAACAGCCCUUCCAGGAUCUACCCGCAACAGUAGCCUCAGGCAGCAGUUCCAGCCCUCAGCCUGCUCACCAGUCCAGGUGACAUGCCGGUGCUCUCCACUCCCCGGCCCUCACGGGUGACCACGCUGAAGCGCACAGCUGUGGUCCUGGCCCUCACAGCCUAUGGAGUCCACAAAAUCUACCCUCUAGUACGGCAGUGUCUGACCCCUGCCAGAGGCCCUCAGGUGCCAGCUGGGGAGCCCACGCAAGAGGCCUCUGUGGCCACCGCAGCCAAGGCUGGCAUGAACCGGGUAUUCCUGCAGCGGCUCCUGGUGCUCCUAAGGCUGCUGUUCCCCCGAGUCUUGUGCCGGGAAACAGGACUGCUGGCCCUGCAUUCUGCUGCCCUGGUAAGCCGAACUUUCCUGUCUGUGUACGUUGCCCGCCUGGAUGGCAGACUGGCCCGCUGCAUUGUACGUAAGGAUCCGCGGGCCUUUAGCUGGCAACUGCUACAGUGGCUCCUCAUCGCCCUUCCUGCCACUUUCAUCAACAGUGCCAUCCGCUACCUAGAGGGCCAGCUGGCUCUUUCUUUCCGAAGCCGUCUAGUAGCUCAUGCCUACGGACUCUACUUCUCCCAACAGACUUACUAUCGAGUAAGCAACAUGGAUGGACGGCUUCGAAACCCUGAUCAGUCUCUGACAGAGGAUGUGGUAGCCUUUGCUGCCUCUGUAGCGCACCUUUAUUCCAAUCUGACCAAGCCACUCCUGGAUGUGGCUGUGACCUCCUACACUCUGCUUCGAGCUGCCCGAUCCCGAGGAGCUGGCACAGCCUGGCCCUCAGCCAUCGCUGGCCUGGUGGUGUUCCUCACAGCCAACGUGCUUCGAGCCUUCUCUCCCAAGUUUGGGGAGCUAGUAGCAGAGGAGGCACGGCGAAAGGGGGAACUACGCUACAUGCACUCUCGAGUGGUGGCCAACUCAGAGGAAAUUGCCUUCUACGGGGGCCAUGAGGUAGAGCUGGCACUACUACAGCACUCCUAUCAAGACCUGGCUUCACAGAUCAACCUCAUCCUGCUUGAACGCCUAUGGUAUGUCAUGCUGGAACAGUUCCUCAUGAAAUAUGUGUGGAGUGCAUCUGGCCUGCUUAUGGUAGCUGUCCCGAUCAUCACAGCCACCGGCUAUGCAGAGUCAGACCCAGAAGCCAUGAAGAAGGCAGCCUUGGAAAUGAAGGAAGAGGAGCUGGUUAGUGAACGUACAGAAGCCUUCACCAUUGCCCGAAACCUCCUCACAGCUGCUGCAGAUGCCACAGAGAGGAUCAUGUCAUCCUACAAGGAGGUGACAGAGCUGGCUGGCUACACAGCCAGAGUGUACGAGAUGUUCCAGGUAUUUGAAGAUGUCCAACACUAUCGUUUUAAGAGGACAGGAGAUCUAGAGGAGGCUCAGGCUGGGCCUGGGUCCAUGGUACAGUCUGGUGUCCAUGUAGAGGGGCCCCUGAAGAUCCAAGGCCAGGUGGUGGAUGUGGAGCAGGGGAUCAUCUGUGAGAACAUCCCUAUCAUCACACCCACUGGAGAGGUGGUGGUGCCCAGCCUCAACAUCAGGGUGGAGGAAGGCAUGCACCUGCUCAUCACAGGCCCCAAUGGCUGUGGCAAGAGUUCUCUGUUCCGAAUCCUAGGUGGACUCUGGCCCACAUACAGUGGUGUACUCUAUAAGCCCCCACCCCAGCGCAUGUUCUAUAUCCCUCAGAGGCCCUACAUGUCCGUGGGCUCCUUGCGUGACCAAGUGAUCUAUCCCGACUCUGCGGAAGACAUGCGGAGGAAGGGCUGCUCGGAGCAGCAUCUGGAAGCCAUCCUGGGCAUCGUGCAUCUCCGCCACAUCCUGCAACGGGAGGGAGGUUGGGAGGCAGUGUGUGACUGGAAGGACAUCCUGUCUGGAGGUGAGAAGCAGAGGAUUGGUAUGGCGCGCAUGUUCUACCACAGGCCCAAGUACGCCCUCCUGGAUGAGUGCACUAGUGCCGUGAGCAUUGAUGUGGAAGGCAAGAUUUUCCAAGCAGCCAAAGAUGCUGGUAUCGCACUGCUCUCCAUCACCCAUCGACCCUCCCUAUGGAAGUACCACACACACUUGCUGCAGUUUGAUGGAGAGGGAGGCUGGAAGUUUGAGAAGCUGGAUUCUGCUGCCCGCCUGAGCCUGACUGAAGAGAAGCAGCGCCUGGAGCAGCAACUGGCAGGCAUCCCCAAAAUGCAGGGGCGCCUUCAGGAGCUCCGGCAGAUCCUUGGCGAAGCUGCAGCCCCAGUUCAACCCUUGGUCUCAGGCAUCCCCACUUGACUGAGGACCUUAUCCCCAGCUCCCACCCUUCUCCAGGCUCUCGGAUUACAUGAAGGAAGCUAUAGCUCCUCCCCUCCCCUCACUGUCCUGCAUGCCUUCCCCCUCCCAAGCCUCCUAGCCAAUUAUUUGCAUUCCCUGAAGACCCCACCCUGGGGCAAGUAGAUAUGAAUGGGGACACUCUGCAUUCCACCUUCACUCUGGGGUCUACUCCAGGAACUGUGCCCUGUUCAGGGCAAUGUGUCCUUUACUUUUCUCUGGGGAGGGAUGGAAGGUUUGGAAGGCCCUAGUCCUGACUCUACACUAGUAUGGCUGAGCCAUAGGGAAUAAGCAGGAGCUGCCCCCCUUACUGCCAGCAGCCAGAAUGUGUGGCAAGCCUGGUGCUUGUGGGUCACAUCCCUUCUGAAACCCAAAUCCUUGUCAUUGUUUUGAUUCAUCCCUUUGCUGCCAUCCCUAGGUUGGCCAGCCAAUGCCCCUGUCCAACAGGACACCCCCUGCCAUGAAAACAGCCUAAUAGGGCCCAGGAUUAGACAGGGCCCAAAGUGUGUCCUUUCCCAUGGUUACCCCCAGAAUGGCAGUGUUCCUCCUGAGCCAUGAAGAGAAUGUAGUCCUGGCCCUCCUACUCCUCCACCUCUACAACCUAAUUUAUUGGACUCCCAGUUUAUAGCUGUCUAAAUUGCCAAUAUGAGUACUUUGCCUGCACAGGAGGUGACUGGGUGGUCCCUUCAAUCUACCCAGUGUCUGGUGCCAAACCUGGCCCCUCACCAGCCUAUACUGCCAGUUGCCACUGGGGGUGCCCUCUGCCAGCUAGGCAGGAGUGAGGGCACCAUGUUCCCAGCUCAGUGCCAAAGAGGGGUCACAGGAGGUGCUGUGUCUGCUAAACCAGCCCUCACCAAGAGGGAGACCCCCACACACACACACACCCUACUGCCACUGUGUGCCUUUCCUGGGCCUUCAGCCCUCUAGCUGGGGUACCCCCCUCAGUCCUCUCAGUAAAAACCUCUGGAAAGUACAA